AAUGAAGUAAGUGGACACAUUUUCUACAUGUUUUCUCUUUGAGAUCACAUCAGGAAACAGGUGAGCAUGCAACAUGGGCACUCCCACUUCCUCCACCUCCUUGCAUCACCCCACAGUGAUAUAAACUUCCCAAGCAGAGGGAGUCUUAGGCAGGCGAGAGAGGGAGAGUGGAUGGGUUGGACAUAACACAGAAUAUGCAGCAUUCAGUAUAUCAGUAAGAUUUGGGGAAAUGCUGCCAGAUGGAAAAGCAAUGAAAAGAAUAAAUCACACCUUCCAGGAAAAAACACAUGAUUCUUCUUUAUGUUUGCCUGUGAGACGCCGAUUCUACAGCGACUGGUUGUUCUGGUGGUGUGCCAUGGCUUUGCAGUGGGUCAGACCGCGUCACGUUACAACCUGAUCCAGACACCCAUGUCCUGGUCCAAAGCCCGGGAGUUCUGUCAGAAGCACCAUGUGGACCUCGCUGUCCUAAACACAGAAGAGCAAUACUUCACUCUCCUCAAUGCCACGCAUGCAAACCAAGCCAGCUUUUGGCUUGGUUUGCAGCGCCAGAGCAUAUUCAGUGGCUGGACCUGGGUGAACGGAGAGUUGUUGAGCUAUGAAUACUGGUACAGGAGAAAUUAUGAAGGCCUGUGUGCAAGUAUGGAGGCCAUGUUGGAGAAAGAGAAGAAGCUGCUGGCUCGCUACUGUGAUGAGCCACACAUGUUCGUCUGUCAGGGUCCAGUUUCCCCACAGCCAGUGGCGGUGGACUCUGUGAGCGCUGAUCAGUUGAAUCUCAGCUGGAACGUCUCUGCUUUUAUGCAAAUGACACCACACGGUUACAACGUGACGGCAUGCAACAGCACGUGUGACACACUCCUUUAUUCCUACACUGGUGGCUCUGCAUCCAUGAGCAUCAACAUCUCCAACUUAACUUCAGCCACUGAGUACUUCAUCAAGAUCGCUGCUUUUGUCGUUCGGCCCGACAGUGUCACUGGUGGAAAAAUGAUCUUUCAAAGUCACCCCACAGCUCUACAAGUCAAAACAGCAGAUUCUUUUCAGCAGUCCAAAGUCAUCACUGUCAUUUUGAAGUCACUGAAGCUCAUGUCUCUGGCUCCUCCCUUGUGGAUUCUUUAUUGUAUCCUGAGAAAAGACAAGCCUCUUUUCUUGGAUGAUGAUGAUGAUGAUGAUGAUGCAGAUCAUGAGGUCUCAUCAGUGGACUUAUCAACUGAGGACACAGUUAUUGAGCUGAUCCCUGAGAAAAUGAGAGGAAUCAAAUAAAGGAGGGGAAAAUUGUAUUCUACACCGCCAUCGAGGAAUCCUUGAGACUGGGGUCUAGAGGACAGAGAAAGACUGUUUUACUAACUUUUUUCUCGAUGGUGUGAUGGGCUGAUGAAAAAAUAUGGAAUUGGACACAAUUGGUCAGUUUAACAAAUUUUUGACCAGAAGGUGAAGUCACCUGGUGCUUAAAGGUUCUGUAAAUUUCCGUCACUGCCACUAGAUGUCGCACUACGCCCCCCCUGAAGUUCUCAGUCAGCAAGACGAGUGGAAGCGACGACUAAACACACAACAAGAAGCGCAACUGAAUAAAGUUACUCUGUGUGCACGAGAGUCAUCAGAACAACAAACCAGCCACCACCAUUAGCGCGCACCAGCAUUGCCAUGAUAUGCUCCACAGCAAUGCUCGCAGUAGGCCAGCUAGCGAUAGCAACAUUUGCCACACACAUUCAUGGUAUCAGUAACAACAAGUUAGCUGAUGUUACCAUGCCUACUGUGGCCGGUCACUAAUGAAAACAGGCAUGUGACACUGUGUAGGCAUCGAUUCACUUAUGCUUCAAGGAGAAGAAGAGCCAGUUCUUAGUCAAGCUGGAGCGCUUUAGCAGAGGGGGUGUGACUCUGUUCUCUGCUCAGGAAGCCAUUAUUCCACCAUAUAUUUACAUAAAAUAUAGUUGUUUACUGUUAUAUUAUCAUUUAAAAUCUCGUUUACAGAACCUUUAAGGCGCAUGACUGAUAACUAGACCAAUGAGUAUACGGCACGUGAAGUCAUAGUAGGUGUCUUACAAUAUGCAAAGUAAUGACGCACUGCUCCACUGAGCUGUAGAUUGAUAGUUACAAUUUCGAUUUAGAUUUUAGAUUUAUAUACUGUACACACAGUACACAGCAGUGGGGAACCCUCUGCGCCUUCCAGGCCUUCAGAGAAGGCCCAACAUAUCAGCAUAUCAAAUGUGUAAUUUCCGCUAUCCAGUAUUUAUUUUUCUUUUAUUUAAUAACUAUUCUCUUCUUAUUUUAAUCAAGUUUGCUUCAGAAAUGAAAGGGUUAUGAUCUUAAAAUAGAGUGAACCCAAGUUAGUCAUUACUGAGAUAAUGCACCAUGCCAUAGCAUAAGCUAAUGUGUUAGCUUGGAUGAACUACAGUGAACACAUGGAUGAUUGUAGUGUUCGCAAAGGUUUACUUGUAAGUGUGAUCUAUAUUGUGAGGCCUUCUUUCCUUCGAGAUUGAGUUAAAUCCUGGGUUAGUACUGUAAACCCAACAAAGGUAGCUAGAAAUAUGGUCUCUAAAUGUAGUUUUAUCAGAGUAUUAAGACUCUGUGUGAGUGCAGCUUUUUUUUUUUGUUCACACAGGGAUUAUCCCGUUACUUAGUUAAGUUUAUUUUAAAAUGCAGGAGGUUAGCAAAUGUGAAAACUACAUCUGGUGUCCCUGGCCAGACGUUACUUAAAAACUGACUAAAAGCCUUGACUAAAAACAUUAUUUCAGUGAAACUAUGCUAUGAUAAAAUUUCAUUUCAAAUCAAGGCUUAAAGGGAAACUUAAUGUGAACGUGGCAGCACAUUCUGAAAGUACAGAGACACAACUUUAGGUAGUACACACAUGUAUUUUCUUUGUAUUUUAUGUCUAUGUUUGUUUGUUUUUAGAUUUUUUUUUGUUUCCAUUAAUGCAUGCUGACCACAUCAGAUAAAAUUCUAUAUAUUUUCUAGUAUUAUAUUUAGGAGACAGUGUCAAUAAACCAUAUCCGAUGUGUCAGAUGUAGCCAGGCCUUAGGGGCCUCAGCUUGAGGUAUGAUUAGGUAUGACGAGUUAUGAUUUAGGCAAUGAACACGUUUUACAUAAAAUAUUUUGACCAUAAAUCUUGCAGCUCACGUGCCUCAGGCUUCUACGUUAAAUUUUCUUAAGUGCUGCAUUUGGGAUUUUACAUGACGUUCUGUUUGAGGUUCUGAACAGCACUUUGUUCGACAGUAGAAAUGUACUGUACAGGAUUCCUGUGAAGUUCAACAUGUUUUAAGACCUUUUUAAUACCACAUCUAUUAAAAUGCAAUUUAUUACCUAUUUCCCAAUCAACAGCAAUCAAUGCAAUACCAAUCAUUGUAUGAAAGUAGGAUGGAAAACCAAUAGGGACAAUGUGACCUAGAAUUAUUUAUUAAUAUAUCAAAUUUUUGCAGUCCUUCCCAGCAGUGUAUAACAAUAAUUCAUAAGGUUAUACACUGUAUUUGGAAAGUGUUAAGACCCAUUUAAUUUUUUCACAUUGUAUUAUGUUGCAGUCUUAUGCCAAAAUAUAUAUAUAUAUAUAUAUAUAUAUAUAUAUAUAUAUAUAUUUCUCCCUCAUCAGUCCAGAGAUCGUGUGCGGAGAUGGCAGAAACUACCAGAGGGUAAAUCAACUCUGAGUGUCAGGUCUAGUUUCCUCGAAACGUGACGCUUAGAAUUGAGGCCAAACUGUUCAGUCUUGGUUUCAUCAGACCAGAGAUUCUUGUUUCUCACGGUCUAAGAGUCUUUUGGGUGCUUUUUGGAAAUGAAUUUUGAAAAAACAUAAAAUGUGAAAAAAUUGAAGGGGUCUGAACAUUUUCUGAAUGCACUGUAAUUAAUUUAAUUAAUGCAGCCUGGACCUGGAUAAGCAUCAUGGAAUGGAUGGACGGAUUAACAGAUUUGAAAUGAUUAAUUAAUGACACUAAACUUAUGAGACAAUAAGCUUCCUAACGACUGUAGUGAGCUAGACAGAGGAAAUCCACAAAAAAAGAAUAGAGCAUCCUCUUAGAUUCACGACAGGUCAGUUACAUCUCCCAACAAGAGAAACAAAACAUUUUAUAACCAAUAUUACUGUCUACAGCAAAUUAUUUUUUUUAAUGAGCAAACUGAAUUCAAUGCUUUAUACAGAUUUUUCAAGACCUGCAGAUUCCCUGAUUGUAAGCAACUUGUAGUUGUCUUUGUUGGCUGCGCAUUAAUAAAUGAAUACUGUAAUACAGCUGACAUGAUUGGAGUUUCUUUUUUGGCUCAUUUGAAGAACUUUAAAGCAAAAGAUGCACAUUUUCAGGAACUAUGCUUAUUUGCUUUCUGGUGGAGAGUUAGUUGAGAAGAUUAACCUCACAGUGGCAGACAGCACAUCGAG